UAUAACAGUCUAAAAAGGGAAAAUGCUACGUCUCUGUUAUGACUGAAAAGAAUGGUGCAAAAGCUAUUGAUUUCUCAUACGAGCUUGCAAUGGAAGGCACUUCCGGUGAUGAUUUGAAGCUCAAGGACAUGAAGCAGUUAGUUUUACACCAGAUUUGCGGGAAGGAAAGAAAUAUUAUCAAAUUUGAAAUUCGUCUGCCAGUCGUGGGAACCUACUGGUUUCGCUUAGCAGUAGGACUGGUACAUGAACCGGAUAUGAAGCGGAACUGCUGCGAAUUCAAACUAUUAUGUAAAGAAGCAUGCAAGGAUUGCAGACGAUUCCCCACGUGUGCUGGUCUGGGUGUGUAUGGGUACGGUCCACAAGCCGAAGAAGCUGGACUCGUGAAUACAUCUCAGACAGAUGCAAAGAUAAACAUGAAACCAAACAAAGGGAAGUCAAAACAGACAAUUGCUACAUUCAAAACAGAUUACGACCCUGACGCAGACAUGUCGUAUGCCGCCCAGAUGAUCAAGAGCGGAAGUGACGAAGUAGAUGGUGAUAGUAUAAACAUCAAUCUAGAAGGUGACUGUACUAUAUUUACAAUCGAUGUUGAUAUUGUUUUAUUGUUUUAUGUUGUUGUUUUCUUUUUUUUAUAAUUUAUUUUUGGCCGCAGUGAAAUUUUGACAGCCUGAAGCUGUUGUUUUGAUUUUGCUUUAUCGGUUACUUAAUUAGCAACAAAAAGAGAUUUCAUGUUGUCUCUUGUGUCUGAAAGAUCAGCGGUUCUGGAUGUUAUUUGAAACGAGCAACAGAUGAUUAAGGUUAUAAAUAGGCCUAUAUAUAAUGAAAUUUUAAAUACUAAAACUAUGGACUAAACUUCAGGAACUACUGAAGUGGUACACGACAAGACAAAAGGUUAACUGACCGUUAACGCAAACGUUCCAAAAGACGGUGAAUAUGCUGUGGUGAUUACAGCCAAGGACUUAAAAGACAAGAAAAACAAGGAAUCCAAGCAUGUCGUUAGUUACUUGGUUACUACGCACGAGGACGAAGAUGAUAAAAGGACAAAUGCACAGAUCAAACAGCAAGAAAGGAAGGUGAGAUGCGAAAACCACAAGGUGGCCAAAAUAGAAGAAAGAAACAGACUGGCAGACAUUAUUGAUUCAUUCAGAAUAGAAAU